UUUGGAUGUGCGUCCCCUCCCCCCUCCCCCGUGCCCGCAGACGACACGCAUUGGAGCUAAUGGCGAGCAGGCAUGGGAGCUGCCUACGGCACAGCCAAAGCUGGCGUGGGCAUCGCCGGCAUUGGAACAUACAGACCCGACCUGAUUAUGAAGUCCCUCAUCCCCAUCGUCAUGUCUGGUAUCCUGGCCGUCUACGCCCUCGUCAUUUCCGUCCUGAUCGCCAGCGACAUCAAACCCCCGCCCGAGAAGGAGUACUCGCUGUUUGCGGGCUUCAUGCACAUGGGCGCCGGCCUGUCUGUCGGCCUGUCCGGCCUGGCUGCAGGCUACGCCAUUGGCAUUGUCGGAGACGCCGGUGUGCGUUCUUUCAUGCGCCAGUCGAGGAUCUUUGUCGGCAUGGUCCUCAUCCUCAUUUUCGCCGAAGUCCUGGGUCUUUACGGUCUCAUCGUCGCCCUCAUCAUGAACACCCGCGCCAGUGGCUGAGCGUGCUUGAUCGUCUUCGUGUACCGAACAUUUGGGGUAGAAACACUAUUGCAUGUAUCAUAUCCGGCGUUGGGAGCAGUACUUUACGUCCAGGGAGGGGCGUUCUCGUUGCUAGUAGACGCAGGAGCUCUCGUUGCAAGUAGAUGCAGGAGCUCUCGUUGCUAGUAGAUGCAGGAGCUCUCGUUGCUAGUAGAUGCAGGCGUUCUCGUUGGAAGCAGAUGGGAAGCACAUGUCAGGACAGGGGGUUUGAGGAGGUCGAGGGAGCAUGUAUGGAAAGGUACCCAAACGCGGCAGUCUGUCAGAUACAAGCACAGCGCACUGAAUACAGACAUGCAUUAUUGGCACCAAG